AGGUGAUAUUAUUAGUUUUGUGAUGUAGAUUUGUGGUUGAUCUGUUGUCUGUUGGUAUGUCUUAUAGAUUUGAUUCCAGAGAGAGAGAGAGAGAGUAAUAGAGAUCUAUAAAUGGCACGCCUAUUAUUGCCCAGUAUUGCCUCCAAAUAUAUACGGGGGAAUUUGACUCCCAGGUUCCGUCACGACAUUGAGCUUUUACAUGUUUUUCUUGCAACCAGAGAUUUUGUAUCGAUACAUGUUUGUACUUUCGAUUUCAAUUGGCAAAUGAGGAAAUACUUGAACAGUACUGAAUAGUGAGAACUUUUGAACAAUACCCUAGUCCCUGAUUUGAGUAUUCCUCUGUUGCUUGAUUUUGUGCACUCUUGAGUUCCAUGGCUGGGAAAAUGUUGGUGUCUUUGUCUUGCGAGUGACAUUCUCAUUACUCUUACAGGUUUCAUCUUACCUUCUGAAAAAACUUGCCCCUUGUUUGGUGCUGGUAUAGUUUUCCUUUUCCUAUUGGGGUUCUAUCAAUAUUGUUAGGUUUGUGAUGACCAUUUUGUGAGAUCAAAGAAUUUUGUUAUGAGUUUAGUUCAGUUGCUAAUGGCAUCAUAAUUUGGGUAUUCCAUUGAAUUCUUAUGCCAUGAACAGGUCUGGUUUGUGUUUAUUUUAGCACUUCCCUAGUCCAACCUUGAUGAAAGUCAUUUUACCAAGCAUUUCCUUUGGGGAUGUUUCUGCCCAAUGGCUUGUAACCGUGGCGUGAGCAUAUCAUAACUCUUACUGGGAAGGAAGCCAGCUUGACUGUGGCGUGAGCAAAUCAUAGCUCCAGAACGCCACUAACUCUUUAUUAGGUCAGGGAUGGUCUAAUAAAAAUAAUCCUGUCAAAGUAAAAAAAAAAAUUACUGGUCUGGUCCCCAGAUCAUCCUUGAAACUGUGACGAUGGUACCAGCAAGCGCGCACUCAAAUGCGCACACACAGUUUAAUGCAUUUAUCUCUGCCUCUCAUAACGUUUUAAUAAAUCUUUUGAGUGCACGUAAGGGAAAUUCCUCUACUUGGGAGGUAGUUGUCCACAAAAUUUGUUCCAUGGUGAGAGCAAGGAUUCUAUCAAUUCCCAAACUUUCAGAAGUUCAAGCAGACCAAGUUAAUCAUGCAUGGAACUUUUCUGGAAAUUAAUUGCUCAUUUUUGUCACAUAUUGAUAUGCAAUGCACCAUUUGUUUUCCAAGCUGUACAAUAUGCCAUCUGCAAGGUAUGUUGACAGGUUUCAGGGACUAAAUCUUGGAUGCCAGUGCUUUUUGUAUAAAGAUAUGAAGUGUUAUCAACACUUGACUGCUGCUACUACUAUUUACAAACCGAUAGCUGCUGCUGCUGUGUUCUAUGGAAUCUGCUCUGCUACGGCUUUGAAUGCAGUCCUGUACCCUCUGCUUUGGUUCUGUGUUCUAUGGAAUCUGAUAUGCUAUGGUUGUGGUUUAGCUGUGACUGCUGCUUUAGUUGCACGCAAUCUGUUGCAUCUCAAUCUGUUGGCCGUCGUGGCAUCAGAAAGUUGCUGAAGUGUCGAGUAGCUGCUGUAUGGCAGCAGCAGCUAAUAGUUGCUCAGUUGCUGUUGUCAAUUACUGGUGGUUACUAUUGUGGUUUUUUGAUUAAUUACUGGUGGAAUUUGCUCAGUUGCUAAUUACUGGUGGUUACCACUGCUGAUGAUACUUCCAAGAUCAUUCAUCUAGGAAGAUCAGCUUGACUGGAAUGUG